AUGAAUAUCCAAGUUCCACAGACAAGUGUUGAAUCAGACAGUGCAAAAUUGAUUCAGACGUUGUCAAGCAGCGAUGAUCUGAGAAGUGGUAGGGACAGCGGCAACAACAGCAGCACUGCCAACCUACUCAACGAUGCUGAACAAAAUCCUUUCAUCAUCAGCGCCAACCAUCCAUCUGGUACUCCGAACAUAAAGUUCACUGAUUCUCUACCUUCGACCAGUCGUCCUUGUCCUCAGUCAAGAUCAUUCAUCAACAGCGGAAGAUCUAUGUCGAUGAUCGUUCAUCCAGGCAGUGUGCGCAGAAACUAUGAACCUGUACAACAGGAGAUGGAAAACUGCACAAGUGUACCAACUACUCCCGUCCCAUCGAAUCCUGCUCCACGUGCUAUAGACUACAACAUAUAUGCAACAAAGAAGACUGUAUGUGAGGGAUUUCUUGCUGUCGCCUUGCUUAUGGCCAAUGCCUCCCAACUCAAGAGCCUUGUCAGCGUGGGCGAAGAGUUUCGAUUCUUCCGCUUCGUCACCGCCCUCAUCGUUAUCUCCAUCACGCUGCAGCUCAUCACCGGUGUCUUCCUUCUCUUCCUUGGGCGCGACAAUCUCAGCGAUGUCUACCGUCAACGGCGUCUGGACCGCAUCAACAACUGGACCACGGGGUUGGUGUUCACCAUCGUGGUCAUCAAUAUUUUCAUCGCGGCGUUCGGCCUUCAGAGCUGAUCUGUAGAGGAAGGCAAUCGUGGCAGGAAGUCCAUCAGAGUGGCAGGUUAUAAGGCACGGGUAUUUUUGUUUUACAGGGUUAUCAAUUAUUAGAUUUGGCUUCAGUUAAUGACACAGUGACUUCUGUGUAGUCAUUAUGAAAUUAGGGCACCUAUGUAACCCCAUCUCCCUUGGCAGUUGGUCAGAGAAUCUCUUUUAUACUCAAACCUUUACACUUUAACCCCAAGCCAAGAAUUUGCCUUCCUCAAGGGUUGAACCAACUGUGUACUGUUGAAUCCAUCAAAAUCAAUAUAAACAAAACCAAUGAAUUGUUUGAUUUCUUUGCUUGUUAUUCUACAACCUGGUAUGAAUAUGCACGAUGAUAUGUUUACUCAUUCACCCUUUUCAUAGGCCCUUUUCACAUGAGAGCAAUUUAACUGGGGUCUCUUGCUUUAUUUUAGCAUUGUCGUAACUUUUUAUAAAUUGCACUUUGUGUGAAAGGACUGUCCAAGUCCCUAGUGAAAUUUUCUCCAACAUGCUAUUUUUGUCAGAGGUUCAGACCUAUGUCCUCUGUACAUAAUUAGGCUGGUAUGGUAUUUUACCAUCUAGAUGCAGCAAGGCUAAAAGUGCAUUACACCUCCCAGCACCAUGUUCAUGUUGCCACUGUGCUUGAGGGUGUUUUUUUCAGUAGGCAAUUCCUUAAUGCGUGGACAUCACUUAAACUCACUGACAAUGAUCAGAAAUGCAUGUCGUAAUUGAUUGAAAAGCGUGUUAUUUCACAGCCAGUUUGGUUCCUUGGUUAGUAAAUGGCAUGUGCAUAAUCCAUGCUCUGUAGUUUAAUUUGAGAGAAUCUAUUCAUCCUUGUAAAGCACCUUCAACAAUAAGAUGUGGCAUAUUUGGAUGGUUGACAUCAAGUCACACUGUUCUCCUUGAGAGGCUUUUGGGGAAAGCUUUGCAUACCUAGACAUACUAUUGUCUGUUUGGGUGUUGUCUAGAUGGGUAAACCAUGGAGGAAGAAAAUACUGACCACUAAGGGAGACUCACUGACCCAUGAAGAACCAGGGUCCUCUAACCAGGGCAUUGCACUGAAUCGGUCAUGGGUGAUUGAAUACAUAAUUCUGGGAAUAAACAAGUCCUUUCAUGAUGGGAUAGAAUUGAUUUUUUUUAUGGAAAGAGUUUCAGGGUUUUUAAAAAUAACCGUUAAGUAGUGCAGUUAUUGUCCAGCACUCUUAACUGAAUUCAGUGGGGUGUGACUUGUGUCGUUCAUUCAUCAAUUUAAAGCUCCAACCAAGGUUUAUAUAGACCCUGCCUUGGAUACUGCCUUGCCUUGUUUUGUUGGUGAAUCUCUGUAGAGCAUAGAGCAUAGAGUAAGGACACUAAAGGACAGCCAUAGAGCAAAGGCCUUUGAAAAAAAGUAGCUAAGCACAAUCAAAUGUUGCUUAACAGGAUAAGGUUUACCAGCCAAACUACCAUUUCAAGUGUACAUUUUGUGACUGGUGUCCUAAUCAUUUCUGAUGAAACAGAUAAUAGCCAUGCAAUAUUUUUUGCUUAAAAGCACCUCUAUGAAAUUGGGCAUAGCGCACAUUGGUCCAUCCACAGAGAACUCCAUGGUAAAUCUCUGUAGAGCUUGGGGGCUCAUAUUCAUUGAUAUCCUAAAUUGGACAAAUCCGCAUAUCUAUCUAAAAGGAGCAGAUCUGAGAGAGUGUUUUAUUGGUUUUUCUAAGGGCCAGAAAACAGCUUGGUCUGUCCGAUGAAAACUCUUCAUGCCUUAGACAUGCAACUUUCUAAUUGCAAAAAAAAACAAAAGGAAAUGAUCGAUCACACUUAACUUGUGUACAGUGUUUUAAAGAUUUCUAUGGCACUGUUUUGAAAAGAAAAAGAGGAAAUCAGCUGAACAGUUGCAUACUUGUGUAUUGAAAGAAACACUGAUGCAACAUGGAACAAAAUCUGAUUUUCACAUAUGCAGGCAGUGUAUUAGUAAGCCUAAAUCUUUUAAGCUAGCUCAAAUGUUUACUAUUUUGGAAGUGCUUUGUACUACUAAAUACUUGUGUAAAAUCCCUGCAGAUAAAAAAAUACCACACAGACACAAAGGAAAGCUUGUUUUGUCCAUUCCAUCCCUUGCUUAAUAUCCGUCCGUCCAGCCCAACUUUAAAGGCCCCUGGAUGGUCUGGCACCCAAGGUUAACUAGCAGUGGACCCUGUCCAUCUGUGACCUUAAUUAAUCUGUCUUCAGUCCUUGGGUACUCUGACUGUAGAUUCAAAUACUUUUCCAUAUUGUUGAUCUAGUUGUUGAUUUUUGAUUUUUGGAUUGGAUUUUGGAAGUUUGGGCCUUCAGAGGAAGUUAUCCUCGGACCAUAUCAGAAUUACGUAGUACUUAUACAUUGAAGUUGUUUUAAAAAAAAUCUGUCUGUUUUAGUGUGUAAUCGAUAAAUUUUAUUCAAUUUGUUAAAUAAUUUUAGAAAGUUAUUUAUUGAGUCUAUGUAAUUAUUAUGUAGUAUUUAAUACACCUAUAUUAUAUUUUUUACAUGAUUUUUCUUGUAUUUGUAAUAUUUACUGAGAUACGUGUGACUAGAGUUUUGGAGUUACAAGCAACAGUUUUCUAACAACAGUUCUGUGGCCUAAUUAUGCCAAUCUGACAGUAUUAGGAUGGAUCCAAAUACAAACAACUCAACAAACACUAUGUAUUUGUACAUGAUAACAUUUGAAAACUAAAACACUUUUUUAAAGAAUAUUUUCAGUCUGAUUUAUGUUUAUCAACAUUUUGUUCAUUUAAAGGCAGUGGACACUAUUGGUAAUCUCAAAAUAAUUAUAAGCAUAAAACCUUUCU